UCGUCUUGUUGGUUGUCGCGUUCGUGUGCGCGCACUGAGAGAAAACGGAACGCCACGGUUGCACUUUCGUUUGCAAUUUCAAUAUUCCUCGAGUCGAGUCCCCCGAGUUCUGAGAUUUCCCCCUUCUGUUGUGAAGUGCGUGCGUUCUGAGCCCAAAACAUCUACCAAAACGCGUACAAGAAAUCACAAGAUACAACCAAUUAUUGGGGGAGGAGGAAAAACGCCUGCUGUGGAGGGCAUUUGCAUUUUGUUUACCUCGAUGGCUGUGUGGAGUGCAAUUUGACGAUUAUAUAAUAUAAAACAAAAAAUCAAAUAGGCAAAACAAAUAAAAGUGCGCGGCAUUUGAUUUUAAUUGCAAGCAACUACAAAAUAACCACUGAGGAAGAAGAAUCUUUUUCAGUAAUAUGUUGCCUUUAAAUCAAUUGGGAAACCAACAACCGAAGUUAACGCAACGUUUCUAAAACUUAAAGUCUAUAUACCAAAUUAACCAAUUACAAAUACAAAAUACACAAUAAAAUUGAAACCAAACCAAAAGUGGCCUGCAAAGCGAAGCAACUAAAACAACCAAGAAAUGUGAUUCACAGUGUGCAAUGUAACCAAAUUAUUAGUAAAAAGCAAAACAAAAACCAGAAAAAUCAGCGGGAGAAGCACAGCCAGGCCAAAUGGAAAUCAAGGAAUCCGGAAGCCAAUUGAACAGCCAACUAGCAGCCAACGUGGCCAAUGAUUAAGGGAACACUCUGUUAGCCAAUUCGUAGUAGCAGCAUCCCCCGUCCAUACAUCACACCCCAAAAAAAAACACAGCCACACAGAACCACUCGACCUCCCCUCGCAAAGCUCCAUGCACGCAGGAAGGGCGUUGGAGCAACAAUUAUAGAAUAGACAGCCAGACAACCGCAUCGCUCAGCUCCAAACGGCAAGCUCCAAGCUCCCAACUCCAGCUCCAAGUCAAUCUCAAUCCCGAGCGAAAACCCCCAACAUGGACAUCAAGAUUGAGCAGCAGCAGCAGCAACAGCAGCAAGUGGAGCUGGGACCCUGUUCCCCCUCGGAGGUGCCCAAUGAUCCCGGAAAAAUGUUCAUUGGCGGCCUCAGUUGGCAGACAAGUCCAGAGAGUUUACGCGAUUACUUCGGACGUUAUGGUGAUAUCUCAGAGGCUAUGGUCAUGAAGGAUCCCACGACGCGCAGAUCCAGAGGCUUCGGCUUUGUCACAUUCAGCGAUCCAAAUAGCGUAGAUAAGGUACUCACCCAAGGCACACACGAGCUGGAUGGCAAAAAGGUCGAUCCCAAAGUAGCUUUUCCGCGCCGUGCACAUCCAAAGAUGGUGACGAGAACGAAGAAAAUCUUUGUGGGCGGCCUCUCGGCGCCCACCACACUGGAGGAUGUCAAAAGUUACUUCGAACAGUUCGGUCCGAUCGAGGAUGCCAUGUUGAUGUUUGACAAGCAGACCAAUCGGCACAGAGGUUUUGGCUUCGUUACAUUUCAAAGCGAAGAUGUGGUAGACAAAGUUUGCGAAAUUCAUUUCCACGAGAUAAACAACAAAAUGGUCGAGUGCAAGAAGGCGCAGCCGAAGGAGGUGAUGCUGCCGGCCAACCUGGCCAAGACGCGGGCUGCCGGUCGCUCCGCUUACGAUAACAUCAUGUGGGGACUGGGGACAUUGCCCGAAGGUUUUCCGGCAGCUGCCUAUGCUGCAUAUGCCGCUGGUCGCGGAUAUUCGGGCUAUCCCAGUUUUGGACUGCCCUAUCCAACUGGCUUGACAAUUUGCGGCAUCGGUAGAAGUUACGGUACCGCUUGUGGCGCUGCCCCGGGCCGCAGCAGAGCUGCCCCCGCUGGCGGCGCCUCGGCCGUUGCGGCGGGGGGCGUUGCCCCCACUGGUGGCGCCCCCGGCCACGCCCAGUCGGCGUACCACCAACAGGCGUUGACCUUGCCGCUGGCCACGGCGCUGACGGCUCGAACCGCGGCCAUCAAAUCGCAGUUUCUGGGCAACAUUAAUUUCUAAGCGAGAACCCAAGCCAAAAACCGAACCGAAUCGAAUCGAAUCGCACAAGUCUGAGAUUGAGAAAUGAGAAUGCUAAUGAGAAUGAGAAUGAAAAUGUGGGAUCCAGAGUUCCGUUUUCAUUGCCGCCCUUUUUCUGAGUCAAGUAACUAUAUAUGAUAUCAUUCGAGCGGUGACAAGUAGGUACAGCCAUUACUCCAACUCCAACUCCAACUCCAAUGCCACCAGCAGCUGGAAGAGCUGGAAGCGAUGCAAUGUGCAACCCAGAGCGUUAGUUUAGCUUGUGACUACGGUAAAUGGUAACCACUGCAACAAACAGAUUAAAAAGCCACUGUUCAAACCACGGAAAAACACACAUAAAGUGUCGCGAAAAGAGCGGAGAAGCCAACGAGAGAUUUGAAGAGAACUACAUAGAAAAUGUAACUUCGACACACGCUCACACACACACACUUAGAGCUACACACAUACAAGCGAAAGCAACGUACUAGAAUCUCCCGAGAAAGUAUUCCCCAUAUAUAGUAUUGUUGGAGCAGUUAACCAAUUACCGCAGCAGUAUUCAGUAGUGACUAGCGGCAUCCCCCAGUUAAACAACCUAUAAUUAUAUAGCAUAUCUAUAGAGCAGCUAGCACCCGUAAUAAUCGAUCCUAGCGCAGUUCCGUAAUCGGAUGUAAUCGAGUACUUAGAAUCGUUAGAAUCGUUAGAAUCGUAGGCCAGCAUAAUCACUCAAAUACUCACGGACACACUCUACUAUCUGUCUCUAGAACCCUAAUUAGCAAUGUGACACAAUAUCUGUACUGUAACGAAACUCUAUAGCGAACUAUACUCGAUCAUCAUACAAGCUCCUCCACCCACUCAAAAAUAUACGUAUACGAGUAUAUAUCUUUCGCUUUUUCACACCCCUCGACCUGCGACCAUUUGUUUCCCGGUUCAGGGACGCAUAUCUAUUAUUUAUAAAACUAUUUUACCGUAGCAUUUAAAUGCAAAUUUCAUUUGUAGUCCCUGUAUGCAUAAAUUAGUUGAUACCCACACACACAUACACACACACACACACACACACCCAGACGCACACACAACAAACGGCGAAAGUGCACAUGGAAAAACAUUUAGAUAACAACAAAUUUUAGCAGGCCUGUCACAUGUAGUGCCAUUAUUAUCCUUUAAUUAAUUUGCUGCACAUUAUGUAUGCAAUUUUUCCUUUUUUCCACAGCGCUUUCCAUAUCCAUUUCCCCCAGUUCCCAUUUCCCCAGUCCGUUUUUGUUUUCGCUUCCGUUGUUGUCGGUGGUCCCAUGAGUUUUUAGAUAAUUAGCAAACGUGCAGAGAUUUUUGCCAUAGCUAAAGUUCAUUAAUUAGUAGAUUUGCCCAUUAUCUGUAGCUGUGUUAUUCCGUUUCAUAUGUAUUAGCAAACUGCAUUUGGCCCACAAACGAAUUGAAGCCUUGAAGCAUUCAAAACUAUAUAAAUUCCUUCCUUCAUCGGUGCAUCGCAAGAAUUCCAAAAUGGCUAAACAGCAAAACAAAACGAGCGAAAUUUUUCGACAUUUCUAUUUAAAGUACAUAUAGACAUUACUAUAUACAUACCUAUAUACUAUACCUUAUAUACAUAAAUAUUUAUAUAUACAUAUUUAAUAUACGACGUUUACAAGCUAAGUUAAAUAUUCAUUUUAUACGAAGCGUGAAUCGAUUUGAUUUGUACAAUAACGAAAAAUACAAUAUUAAUGUCCAUCCAUUUUCGAAGAGCAACGUAGCAGCGCCAAAACAAGAAAAACGAAUGAAAAACCAAAAACCAAAAAUCAAAAUCAACAAAUCUCUCUCUUAAGUUGAUGAAAAAUGCAAUUUUUCUAUAACCCCUCCAUGUAAGUCUCGCCCACACAUACACACUCCUAGCUAUUUAAACACAAACACUCUUGAAACCUAUACGAAAAAAGAUCGGUCAAUAACUCUAUAUAGAUGGUUAAGCUGUUACUUAGUUAAUUGAAUGCAACUAUCGCAAUUCUGCGGCAUCCGGAUGCCCGGGAAACUGCUUUGAGGUAUUUUGCAACUAUUUAAAUUGACAAUUACCAAACGCUUGCGAGUUAUUUACAAAACCUAUAUAGCAAACACAGACACGAACACCCACACACACACACACCUGCGCAUAUUCCAAUAUGUAUUUUACACGUAUAUACUGUGAUUUAUAAGAAAACGCUUCAAACGAGAACAAGAAAACCAUUUGCUUGCGCAGAAACGAAAUCGAAAUUAAAAUCGAAAUCAAGAAAACCAAAUGGAAAACGAAAAGUUAUUAACUAAAUAAAUGCACAAAACUAAGAUAAAUAAAGAGAAAAUCAAAUAAAUGCGGAUGCAAACCGAAACCGAAAAACCCAAGCAAAAGUCUAUCCUUUUGGGAAGGCCAUUUUCCGAUCCCCCUCAAUUAUUAGCGAUUCAGAGGAAAGUGGAAUUGACGGGGUGAAGUGAGUGACAAAGUGGCCAUCGGGGCGUAUGCGUAAUUUUGUGACAGCAACUUGGCAAGGACAUCGUGGCAACAACGGACGACAGCAGCAACGAAAACAACAACGACAA